GGCUGUGGAACGUAUCUUAUGGGUUGGCUGUUGGGUAGUUGAGUUUAGUUCGCGAACGCGUGUGGACAUGCUGAAGCGGCUACGUUAGAAGGCCCUACCGCAGAGCAAAAAUCACCAGCGAAUAUAGCCGCGCGUGCAAACAGUCGUCUUUACCCCACCCAACCACCGCACAGCACCACCACCCCUUCGGCCAGCUGCUUUCUGCCGGUGGUUCGGUUCGCGAAGCGGAAACUAGUUUCCCCAGUCGCGGGGCGCGCGGAUCUGUCGCAAAUCAUCAUCGCCGGCCGCGUCCGUACGUACGUGUGUGCGAAAUUAAUGAAAUGCCCGUGCCGCCGCUCCAUCAAUGAAACAACUAUUCGCCUAAUAGUAUCCCAAAGAUAGCCUGUGCUUGCGAUUCAUCCAUCCAGUGUUUAAGUCAACAUUUUUGUUUGAGAACAGUGCGUGCCAGCAAACAAGCCCCAAGUCGCCAAUUGGAAAGCGGUUGCCGAAUCUCUUGCCACAUAGACUCUGGCCGGAUUAUACCGGGACGACCGGAGAGUGAUUGGACGCACAUGUGUGUGCUGGCUGGCGAAUGCCGGACUGGUCUGGACUAAAAAGCCAUUGGCUGAAAACUUGGCCAGAACGCAGCAGCUAACCGAAAGGAGGAAAGCAGAGACAAAGCAACGACGACAGCCAGAGCCAGAGCCAGGGCCGAAGCCAGCCAAAAGAAGCCAGUGAGUGGGUAAUGAGCGGACGACUGGCAAUUACCAUGUCGUUCGCCAAUCUCCUUGGCCAGACCCUGGGCCUCCUGCUCCUAGUCCUGGCCACGGUGCACGUGCCCGGUGCCCGGGGACUGGCCAACUGCCCCAAUGGGUGCGAAUGCGACGACGACACACUGAUGGUCAACUGUGGGGAGGGCUCCCUGGACGUCCUGCCCAUCGCCCUCAAUCCCGCCAUCCAGCGGCUCGUCAUCAAGAACAACAAGCUGAAGACAAUCGACUCGUCGAUGCAGUUCUACACACAGCUCACUUUCCUGGAGCUGUCCUUCAACGACAUGGUCACCAUCCCGGAGCUCUCCUUCAAGUACCACGCCAAGUUGCAGGAGCUGCACCUGGACCACAACAAGAUCGGCCAGGUAUCCAACAAGACCUUCCAGGGCCUCUCCACUAUCAGCGUGCUCAACCUUCGCGGCAACCUUAUCGCCGAGCUGGAGUACCGCACCUUUUCGCCCAUGGUGAAGCUGGCGGAGCUGAAUCUCGGCCAGAACCGCAUCAGCCACAUUGAUCCUCAUGCCUUGGACGGCCUGGUUAGCCUGCGGGUGCUCUACUUGGACGACAACACGCUGACCACGGUGCCCGGAGAGCUGACCUUCCAGGCUUUGCCUGCACUGGCGGAGCUCUACCUGGGCACAAACUCCUUCAUGACCAUUCCCGGUGGCGCGUUCCAAGAUCUCAAGGGUCUGACCCGCUUGGAUCUGCGCGGAGCCGGACUGCAUAACAUCUCGGGCGAGGCUCUCAACGGCCUGGAAGCCCUCCGCUAUUUGGAUCUCUCGGACAACCGCCUAGCGGUGAUUCCCACAGCAGCCCUGCAGAUCCUGGGGCGCCUGGAGCAGCUUAGCAUUGGCCAAAACGACUUCGAAGUAAUACCCUCCGGAGCCUUCUCGGGACUUCGUGAACUGCGGCAACUGGAGCUCACGGGCGCCCAGCGUCUGCGGCGAGUGGAGAACGGCGCCUUUAGCGGCAACACCAACCUGGAGCACCUCAACCUGUCCAGCAACAAGCACUUGAGCGAAAUGCCAGCCACCGCCCUGGGAGGCUUGCCCCACCUGAGCACGGUGGUGCUGAAGGCGAAUCAACUGGGCAGCCUGGACGAGGGUCUGGUGCCUUGGGCCGAUCUCCAGAGCCUGGAUCUCUCCGAAAACCCCUUCGUGUGCGACUGCCGAAUACUGUGGCUGCACCGACUGCUGGUCAGCCGGAAUUCCAGUGGCCAGUUUGCUUCCGUAAACUGCGCCUAUCCGGCGACUGUGCGGGACGUGCCCCUGGCCCAGCUGGCAGAGCCCAUCCUGGGCUGCGCCCACGGAGCGGCCAGCAAGCAGGCCAUUAUUGGCAUCCUGGUGGUGGCGUGCGCCGCACUGAUCACCACGUUGGCGCUGCUCCUAUACACCUGCCGCCGGCGCAUUAGGGAGAUGCUGAAGGGCCACUCGGCGCUGGGACGGAAGGAGCGCGAGUACCAGAAGACCUUCUCGGAUGAGGAGUACAUGGCCAGGCCACCGGGCGGGAUCGGAGGCGUGCACCCGUCGGCCGGUGGCUAUCCGUACAUGGGCGGCAGCAGCCGCCCCAUCCCUGUCACCGAGCUAUAGCUAGAAGCACCACCCCCGCCUCAGUUGCGGGGUCGGGGUGGCGCAAGCAAUGCCGCCAAUGCGGCGGCGGUGCAGCAACUGCAGGUUCCCAGCGCUGUGGACCAAGCCUCCUCCUCCUUCGCCCAGCUCAGCCACAUCCACUACAUGACCAACAACGGUGCCCCGCGCGCCCAGACACCCAAGACGAUCCAUCACUCGCAGCAGGACAUGCGUCUGCUGGCCAGCAACGGUGGUAAGACCCUGAACGUGGCCUCCCUGCCCCGCCACCGCCAGACCGCCGCAGUGGUGCAGGAGAGCACGCUGUCGCACUACAGCCAACCGCUUGCCAACGGAAUCCGCCUCACCCAGGACCACUUCAACCACAACCAACCGAACCACGGCUAUGGCGGGGUGUACGCCAAGCCGUGCGACGCGAUGACCGAGCCGGGCUACAUCCACAACAACUCCCACUACUCGCUGCCCCUGGACCACGACCUGCCGCCCAGCCCCACGCCCACUCCCCCGCCCCCGGCCUUGCCGCUCCGCAACGGCGUGGGCAUGGCCCUCAUCCACGGCAAUACCACCGGACGCCGAUCCUUCAACAGCAGCAUCAACAACAACAAUGUGGCAACGCUGUCGAACAACAACCAUCAUGGCGGACCAAUGGGAAUGGUGGGCGUCGGCAACAACAAUGGCAGCCUGCGGCGGUACCACUGAUAUCCGGCCAAGACGUGCGGCACCUUGGGCCGCACCGUAAUCAAAUCGCGGCCGGAUCCGGACAUAGAGCUGCAUUACUUCUACAAGGGCUGAGUGGUGGCCGAGGAUGGCCUCAGGUGGCGCGAAAGGAGCGAUCUAAUUUAAAAUACUUAUUCUAGUGUAUAUUCCUACGUUACGUGUAUUCGGGCGAAAGCAUUCUGUAUAAAUUAGGAUUUAAUUCGAGAGGUUGUCAGUGGGCGGGUACUGAAGGAUGCAGGAUAGUGCAGGGUAGUAGCUGAACUACUCGGAGGAGUAACGACAGGCCUACAAGCACCCCGUUCUGCCAUUUCAUUUGCAUCCAGUGAUCUUAUCCAUUAAGUUUUGAUUAAAUUUCGAUUCAUGUACAUAAUUAGAAGCUCUAAAAAAACAAUGUUUGCGACCACAAAUAAAUAAAUAUUUAAAAAAAAAUAUAAAACGAUGCCCCAGAAAUUAAUUUACUUUAUUAUAUAACAUUAAGCUACGCGCUUAAGCACCAGUCAUUAAAACUAUGUAUGUAUUGUAUUUAGCCUAACUAUCACAAAUGAAUAUUCCAAAAAUAAAUAAAAGAAAAGCUAAAAUCAAGUAAAUUAUAUGCAAGCCUAAAAAUAGAACUCAGCCGUUUUUUAUAGUUGAUAGUCUCAAUAAACUAUAAAAAUACAAGACGAUAGAAAUACGAAACAGAAACCAUUAAGAACUUCACAAUAUUCAUGUAGAGCCUACGCCGCAUUCACAAAAUAUGAAACAUAAGCAAUUUAUGCAACGUAAACAAAUACAAAGUAAACCUAUAUACGAAUUAUAUUAUAUGUGUAAAUAAAAAAAAUGGCUAUCUCGAAAACUUA